AUGAAUUAUGAAUUUCACAGGGUAUUACCAAUUAAGGUUUCGGUCUGUGGGCCAUCAAACAUGGCCGUGCUGAGAUCCACCCGGUGCCAGAGGCCUGGCAUGUGUCUCAGCGGGGCCCCCUCGCGUGUGCCUGGCAGACCCGUGGUUCCCAAGCCAGCAGCAGGGGGAGGGCGGUGGUGCCACGUGAAGGAGCGGGCAGCCUCCUGGUCUGCGCUCAUGACUCAGCCGGGCCUGGGCACACUGCACAGGGCAUUCUGUUCUUUCCUUUUGUUCUCCGGGGCUCGCCCUGGUGAAAGCCUGCUGGUCCAAGGGAGGUGGGUCUGUUUUCCACCCUUCAAAAGCAGCCAUUUGGAAAGCCAACAGAAUAAAAUUAGUUUGCACGUUUAA